AUGGCUUAUCAAAUACAUACGUCCACACCAUGUCGUCCUGGGAUCCCCAGCGCUUCUGAAUACAUCUUCCCUGUCUCGCCGUCAUGUCGAAACGCGCUGAUUCCGCAUUCGAUUCUGAAGAAGCCAGUGCAGUCGAUAGGCAGUAACGAGAUGCUUUCCAGCCAGACUUCCGACUCAACCUCUAGCAGCACCAAUAAAAAUAACCAAAAUAGCGAAAAGCUGAAAAUCGCUUUACGUCUGCUCACAACCAUGGUGGUCGCCACCGGUGUUUCCUGUGUGAUGAGCCUUCAGUUUUUUCUACAAGUUAACUGGAGCAGUCUCAUAUCGAAAUUAUGUCCGCCUGUCAAUUGGAGUUCUAUGUCGUAA